AUGAUUAUUUCUUUUUCCGAGUGCGUCAUCUUCUUUACCGUGUUCAUCACCGAGUAUGUUGCUAUAGUAACGGUGAACCUCCUUUCCAUCAUUCUUUUCAUAAAGAACAAAGGCCUUCGUACUCGCAGCAUGUACUUGGUCAUGAGCUUAACUGUGGCCGACUUGUUGGUUGGAAGUCUUUCCGGGAGUGUUAAUCUGUUUUAUGGCCAAAACCGUUAUUGUCCCUUUGUAAAAUUUUAUUCAUUAUCUUGGGAAGUUAUCAUUGCAAUUAAUUUUCUUAUCUAUUUAUUUCCUCUUGUCUCCGUGACAAACAUUGCUGUGAUUUCUUUAGAGCGAUUUCACGCCACGUUUCGUCCGUUUAGGCAUCGGCUCAUCAAGAGAUGGGGGAUCACUCACCGUUUCUGGGAACGUAGUAAUCUUUCUACCGACGCUCAAUAAUAAAUAAAUAGACACUCGAAUUUUCAAGCGGUACUUCAACACUCGACGAGGACGACUCGAUUUUCACUCCAAGACUCGACGAGGACUCGAUGACUCUGCGAGGAUGACUCGAUGAGGCACCAUAACUACACGAGGAUGACUCGCUGAGACACGGUUGACUCGACGACGACGACUCAACGAGGAUGACUCGGUGAAGUUGACUCGACGAGGACGACUCAACGAGACGAUGACUCGACGAAGACGACUCGACGAGGCAAGAUGUGUCGACGAAGACUACUAGUAUGUCAGGGUUGUUGACAAUUGAAAGGGACAUUUGUUUUGCGAUAUUUCCUUUUUUCCAUUAUUUUAAAUGUUAAAUCUUUAUUGAAAUUAUGGUCAUUUAUCCAAUUUUUAUUCGGCUGUUUUAUUUCACUCAACAAUUCAUUGUUCUGAAUACUAAAGUUUCAUUUCAUUUUCAUCUACAUAAUUAUUAUUUACAUUAUUUACCUUUAAAAAUAAUGAAAAAAAAAAAAUUCCCAGAAAGCAACAUUUUUAUAAGAACCAUCUUAGCCUAGCUUGGAAAAACUUAAGCUCUUAUACUCAGGUUUUAACUGUAAACGCCGGGAUCGAGAAAAUACGUUAUACUCAGUCAGAAUGCGAGAAAGCCUUAGUUUAAGGUGGGGAAGAAAAAGAUUUUUACGGAAAUUUUCCGGUCAAUGUAACAUGGUUAUUUUUAUUUGUCUUGCACCCUUGACUGAUUUGUACUCAUUUUGGUAUGGUUUAAAAGAUCUCUUCACUCUGCACAAAUUAGCGGACAAAACCUGAUGACAUUACAAGUGGAAAAAGCGAUGUAGACCGGCGCCGGCGAUUACGGGCGGCUCCCGGAAAAAUGGGUGAAAGGAAAGCAAAAACUUUGUUUUGUGUGAAGUUUUUGAGACCAUAUGGACCGCGUGCUUACUGCCAAUUAAAUGGUCACUCUAGGUCCCUGAGUUUAGUGCCAUAAUAAUAGUAACAAUAAUAAUGAUGGUGGUGCUGAUAAUGAUUGUGGCACCGUGUUGUCCUCUGAGUUUGUUUGGUUUCAUGAAACACUACUAUAGCGCUUAUUCAUGGCAAUAAACACUAAAAUCUUGUUAUAUCUCUGGACAUACCAUACUCGAAGAUCACAUGUUGAAUAAAAAAAUCAAACGGAAAACAGAGAAGAAGGAAAGAAAAAAAGGGGAAUGGCGAUGAUUAUACUCACAAAUACCUAAGGGUUAUAUCGUUUAGUUGUUAGUAAGUAUACCGAGCCUUACCGAGUGUCCUUUCUUCCGUCUCCUUGUAAUAAUAUAAGCCUACAUUAAUUAAAUGUGAUCAAUGUGGAAUCUGCUUGUCUUUUGUUAGUUACGUUUGCCUUAAUGAGGGAGUGGUAAUGGUCCUGGUUUCCGUAUUACGUUUUGAUUCAACGCCGGCAUGGAAUAAACGCCGGCUCUUACACGUGAAGUUGUUACCCCCCCAAACCCCCCCAGCCCCUCCCCUCCCGUGCCACGGGUGAGCCACUAUUGCUCCGCAAAUUUUGACAACUUCUACCACUUCGAGCAACUUUUUAGGUUUUUGACAACUUUGUUUAAAAAACAAAAAUCGGGCAACUUUCUCAAAAAAAACCCAGUCCGGAACAUUCCGUAAGCGCCCGCCCAAAAUGUCAAGCCCGGUGGGUCGCUUACGGGAGAUGGUCGCGUAGCAGAGUUCAGACAUGAUGGGUAUCAUGUUUUUCGAUUGUGCUACGUCUACAAAGAUGGUGCUUCUUUUAAACUGAAACGAAAGCAAAAUUAACCGAAGUCAAAAAUGAACGAACCUUAACGGCAAGUGUACAUGUGGUUUCAAGAGGAGCAAGGUUCGUGCCUGGUAACUUAUACUGCACUAGCUAUAGAUACAAAAUUAAUGUACUUCCUUUUUUGGUAAAAAAGAAGUCAAGAGAUCAUUGCUCGAGCUACUUUAGAUAAGAAAUACAAUUUUCCCCUCUAUUAUCUGUUAAGUGAUCGCUUACCAGAGUUAAAAAACUCUAAAAGUGAUCACGGUCGCUUACGAGAGGUGUUGGUGCAGACAGGUUCCUAUCCAAAUAUAGAAAUGUAAACUUGAACGCCUAGCUAAUUAACGUUUUAGUAAAGCAAGCGAAGCAGAAUGCUAGAUAGUUUAAUAACCCUUUUUGUGCGAUUGAGUUUUCUGUUGCCGGUCAGCGCCUCUGUCCCAGCGGGACGACAAUUUCUAAGGCUAGCCCAAUCGAUUUUUGAAACGCAAAUUUCCCCUCAUAGAUAAGCUAAUCCGAAGAUUAACCCCUCCAUAAACCCUUCAAAAAGGGCCUUUGAACAAUAUAUACGGUAUUUGCAAAGAGCAGCAAAUUUGUGCAAAUGAUAGUACAAGCUCUACCAGUCAGUAAAUUGAAGCAAGAGAGUGAAGAUAAAUCCCUUUUAAUUAGACAAUUAACAUGUACUUCUACUUAUAGAGAUACGUGCACGUGAUAAGGGAUUUACCGUAACAUAUUAUGCCAAGAGGGAAUGAUCUAAGCUCAUUCUCUCUUGAUUAUGCAUGCGACCAACAAUAGGCCGAAAAUAUAGGCCACACCCACCAAUGACAAACACAUUGUUUACCUUUAAAAAUAGAAAAACAUUCCCAGAAAGCAACAUUAUUAUAAGAACCUUCUCAGAAAACGUUUUUCUUGGAAAAACUUAAGCUCUUAUACGCAGGUUUUUACUGCAAACGCCGGGAUCGAGAAAAUACGUUAUACUCAAUCAGAAUGCGAGAAAGCCUUAGUUUAAGGUGGGUAAGAAAAAGAUUUUUACGGAAAUUUUCCGGUCAAUGUAACAUGGUUAUUUUUAUUUGUCUUGCACCCUUGACUGAUUUGUACCGCAUUUUGGUAUGGUUUAAAAGAUCUCUUCACUCUGCACAAGUUAGCGGACAAAACCUUAUGACAUUACAAGUGGAAGAAGCGAUGUGGAUCCGCACCCGCGAUUACGGGCGGCUCCUGGGCAAAUGGGUUAAAGGAAAGCAAAAACUUUGUUUUGUGUGAAGUUUUUGAGACCAUAUGGAACGCGUGCGUACUUGCCAAUUAAAUGGUCACUCUAGGUCCCUGAGUUUUAGUGCCAUAAUAAUAGUAACAAUACUAAUGAUGGUGCUAAUGAUAAUAAUUGUGGCACCGUGUUGUCAAUCAGUGAAAGAUUCCGCAAUUCUACUUUUUUACAAAAAGGUCAACUUUGCUAGUUAAAAACAGCAGAAAAACUACGUUUCUGCAUUCAUUUUUCGUAGAACAAAAUGCAAAAUUGUUACCUUUUUUGUCUUUGCUUGUCGUUUAAGUUAAAAGUUAAGAAAAGGUACUUUUUUUGAAAAAGAAGUCAUGUAUUUUCAGCUUUCGAGUGGAUGAUAUUUUGACGUCAAUAUUGUCCGCUCUUCAUCCAUUUCUCACUUUCCCAAACGAUCUUUUAAAGCACAAAAGAGGCAUCUUUUUUUGUUUUCAAGCAAUCUCAUGAAAGGCAUAAAAAGGUACCUUUUUUGCAGUUGGAAGCAAUGUUCUCAAAAGCGCAAAAAAGGUACCUUUUUGCAGUUGGAAGUGAUGUUCUCAAAAGCGCGAAAAAGGUACCUUUAAAGUCUUUAAAAAUAUAAAAUGGUGUUAAGCCACAGCAAGCCAUUUAAAAGCCUACUGAUUGACAGAUGUCAACCGUUGGUGCCAUUUUAUGAAUUUUUUUGUCAGAAUUUACUGAUCCACUAGUCAAGAGAUAAAUAUUCCCUGUUUGUUGGCCAAGUUUGAAAACACUUGCUGAGCUUGACACUGUAAGAGUGUCAGGUUGCAGUUUUAAAAUCUAUUCCCCGUGCUUGAUUUUAGCAUAAGUGUGAGCCAUCUUGAUCAGAGUCGGAGUGAAGUUGGAAGCAUUGUCACUGGUUGGUGCCAGUUAUAAGUAACCUGAAGAGAAUUCGGGCCAGGCUCUUGUGCAUUUAAAAUGCUUUACCUUAAAAAAAAAUUCACUAAAAUGCACGAUGAUGCGAUUAUAAUACGUAUAAGUGUUAUAAGAACAAUAUAUGCUUAUGGCUUUGAUACACCAAAAGACAAUUGUCUAAACGGUGGCAUUUGAAUUUUUUUGGUUUCGAAUUUGAGAGUUUAUUUUCUAUUUGAAAAUUUCUAGUUUUCAUUUUCUCUGAAAAAAAAUAACUAAAGUUCUAGAAAAGAGGACAGCUGUUCAGGCUUACUUUAGUAUUUAGUUAGGGGGUGUCAGAGGUACAUGUAUGGUGGUAUUUUUACUGUUAAUGGCUUUACUUCGGCCUGUAGCUCAAAAUGCAUCUGAAGUUAAAUUAUUUAGUUUACAUUAUAGCAAACAAGAAUAACCCCAGGACCAGGGCUCUAAUAACCUUUCUGGAGUGAAAACAUCAUCCACGAAACGAGACAGUUAUUAAAAAGACCUGCUCGGAACCAGCUCAGUUUAGACUUAAAGGAAAAGAACAAUAAACACCUCUGCUUUUUACUGUAGAUCGAGGUAGAAUUUUUUUGCCAAUUAAAAUGGUUGGACUUUUCAUGUGGGACUUCUUUCAGGUUAAAGUAUUUGCUCCACGCUUUAAAUUGCGCUUGCUGAGCUCCUCUUCUUGCAUCUAGUUUUAAAGUACCAGUAGUUGUUACAUUUUCAGGAGCCAUUUCAUCCAUUUGGCUGGAGGCCAGUAUUUUGGGAUUUCUUCUAGUCUUGGCUAAAAGGAGCAAGCUAAAAUUUUUUACUCCGCUGAUUCCCCUUGUAGACCAUUUCAAUUUUAACAGGAUCACCUAGAAUCCUCUCAAAAAAGUCUGUGCGUCGUUCAUUGAAGCUCAAGAGGUGCCAACAGUUGACAUCUGUCGAUCAGUAGGGUUUUAAAUGGCUUCCCAAAGCCUGAAAACACUAUUUUAUAUUUUUAAAGACUUUAAAGGUACCUUUUUCGCACUUUUAACUAAAUCACUUCCAACUUAACCUGAGAUCAGGCUCUAUUUUCGUUUCGCUUUGAAAAUUACAUUCCGGCGGGCAAGGCUAAACGAAAAUCAGCGGUAGCCGUUAGAGAGAAUGUAUGAGAACCGCUCAAAUUGGGCCUGAUCUCAGGUUACUUCCAACUGCAAAAAAGGUACCUUUUUGCGCCUUUCAUGAGAUCGCUUGAAACCGAAAAAAAAGGUACCUUUUUCGCGCUUUAUAAAAUUGUUUGGGAAAGUGAGAAAUGAAUGAAGAGCGGACAGUAUUGACGUCAAAAUAUCAUUCACUCAAAAGCGGAAAAUGCCUACCUUCUUUUUCCAAAAAAGGUACCUUUUCUUAACUUUUAACCUAAACGACAAGCAAAGACAAAAAGGUAACAAUUUUGCCUUUUGUUCUACGGAAAAUGAAUGCUCAAACUUAGUUUUUCUGUUGUCUUUAACUAGCAGAGUUGACCUUUCUGUAGAAAAGUAGAAUUGCCGGAAUCUUUCACUGAUUGUUGUCGUCUGAGUUUGUUUGGUUCUAUGAAACACUACUAUAUAGCGCUUAUUCAUGGCAAUAAACACUAAAAUCUUGUUAGAUCUCUGGACAUACCAUCACAGUUUAUGAAAUCGGACUUCUUCGUUACCCGUGCUACUUGUAAAAUCUUAAAAAUGUUUUUCUCAUACAAUCACCUUGCGCCGCAAGGACACCUUACUUUUAGGGGCAAUUAACCCGAUAAUACGGAUAGCAGCUAAAUUUAAAUUCAAAUUGAAUUAAAGUUAGUAUCAAAAUUACAGCAAAUGUAUGGAAAAUUUGAGGUUUUCUAAAAACUGAUCACGGACUUCUUUGCACUCCACAUUUAGUGUAUUGUUUCUUUGAUCUCGUAAUUUACUCUUUUCAAAGAGAAAUCAUGAAAUACAUAAAUUGAAUUUGAAUUUGAAUUCUAAUACAAAUCUCACUUUCCCACCAUCUUGCCCUGAUUACCCAGUGGUGAUGGUUGUAUUGCUAAGCCCGGGCUUUUUCAAUGCAUUUCUCUUAGGUAAUCAGUUGUGGCUUGUGUUUAGUACCCGGCUGGCCUUUCACAGCUAUCUCUGACAACAGAAGCUAGCAGAAUAAGAAGAGUCCUGUUCGACAAUUAAUCAAUAUGCCCUAACUGGCCCUGAAUGCAUUUUCAUCGAGUUUGCGAAUGUUUUGAUGGCUUGACGGCGAUAAAUGAGGGUGUUGCAGAUUUAUGAAGCAGUGAAAACGUUGUAGCGGGUAUUGGUAUGUUCGAAGCGUACAAUGAGUCGCAAAUGUAUGAAUUCGCGCUGAUAUACAUUUUUAAAAGAGAGAACAACGUUUAUGUUGAAGUAAGAAUUAAAAAAUCUAGUAUAUUACAUAGCUAAUUCAUUUUUAAAAACUAAACGAUUAUUAAAAGAGUUUUUAAAAGGCAUAGUGUUAACCUUAGAUUUGAAACAAGUUUUUUCCCAUGAUUAUAACUGGAUAGUUUAACACGAGGCAUAAUAGAUAAAAGUGCAUGGAUAUUCUUUAGCAUUAGAAACUUUUUUUGAUAAUUUUAUAGUCUUGCUUGCCUCUCUAAGAAAUCUUAAACACUUACGGGCUUAGACGUAUAUUUCAUUUUAAAACAGCAGUUGAUUACCAAUCAGAUUUGAGAAUUUUGCUAUAGUUAUGAUUAACUUUAAAAAUAUGGAAUAGACAAAUGAAGAAAAUGUGCGCUUAAAUAAUCUCAUUAGUUUACGCAAAGAUACAGUUCUAUUUUUCCACUUUGACAACGAGCCAACAGCUUUGACCGUCGUUGUUUCUCGUUUGGAUGACUACUGAUUCCUAGAUUGUGUUAUACACUAUUUAUCGAGUUGCAAAGCUUGUUUUCUUUUUCACCUCAAAGUACCGGGCUUUGAUGAUUAUAUCACUAUUACUGUGACACUCACAAAUCAGAAAUUUUUAUGGAAUGUUAAUGUGUUGCGAUAAAAUUUCCAAUAAGGCGCGCGCGAAAAUUUCCAGGCGUUCACCUUUUUCUGACUUUGACAGUACAUGGAGGUGGGGGACCCGAGGUAGGUGGGGUAACCCGCUUAGGUGGAAUAACCCGCUCAGGUGGGGUUAGAAAAGAACCCUCCUCUACAUGCAAUCUUACUACCCCUUUAACACUUGAACAAGAAAAAUGUUGGCAAACCACGUGUUUUGGCUUUUCUGCACUCACUUGCUGCUCUUGCUGCAACGUUCAGUCCCGUGAAGUUCACGGGUUCGAAUCCCGUUGAAGCCCUGAUUUUUUUUUUUUCAGGUUUCUUCUUUCCAAUUGCUUAAAUUGGAAAAUUCACUGCGAUGAUCAUUCUUCACUUUCAUCUACCACCGCAGUUCAAAUAUGAAUUAUUUCAUAUACUUCACAUCUUGAAAAUAUAUAAUUGUAUUGUAUUUACAGGUUUUAAACCACAAAAUUUUAUCUUUCUCAAAGUCUCAGCUGGGGGGUCUUAACAUAUUCUUCAGCUUGAUAUUCUUAUAAACACCUGUAUAAAGUGUAUUGUUAUAGGGAAAAAAAGGGUGAUCCUAAUCCGCGGACAAUGUCAGACCCUUAUCUCACAGAUAUUCUCUGGUGCAGAAGCAAUAGAUAAAAACCUUCCUGCUUUCUGUCUAAAUGUUUUUCAACUUCCUCCAUCCGUUCCUCUACUCCAUAUGUUGUUGCUUUGUUAUUUACACCCACUUUUUCAUGUUUUGAGCAGUUAAUUUUUUAUGUUUCACUCAAUUUGGCGGUAAAUUUGGCGACACAGCUCUUUUAAAUAGUGACUAUAACUCAUUAUCAAGAUUUUCGGGACUCCCAUAACCGUUAGUACUCUCUCUCUCUCUCUUUAUAAAUAGUCUUUUGUAAACGUUAGAAGAUGGAAAAUAAAUUUGAACGCAAGGAGAGAAAGCACAUGAAUGUUUAUGCCUGCAGUUAGUUGCAUUAAACUCGUGAUCUUGAAAUAAAAUGGAGAAAACCAUCAACACCAUUAUCAUUCAGGUUACAAAUUUGGCAGGCAAGAAGGCUGACAAUAUAAUUAUACUAAAUGAAACGAAAUGAAAUGAAAUGUGUCUAUAAUAAUAAGAACGAUGGAUUGGCCAUAAAUGUCGUUAAUAAUAGAUUGGUUAUGACUCAGAGUAGUCUCGUCGAAUCAUCUUGCCUGGUCGAGUGAUCCUCGUCUAGUCGUCCUCCUCGAGUCGUCCCCUCGUCGAGUCACCCUCGUCGAGUCACCCUCGUUGAGUCGUCCUCGUCGAGUCAACGUGUCUCAUGGAGUAAUUCUCGCCAAGUAAUGGUGCCUCAUCGAGUCAUCCUCGGCGAGUCAUCCUGUGUUAUAGAGUAAUCCUCGUAAGGUCAUAAAGUGAAGUCGAGACGUCCUCGUCGAGUCUUGAGGAGCCUUCGCGUGUAUUUAUUUAUUUUUGAGCGUCGGUAGAAAGAUGACUCCAUUCCCAGAAACGGUGAGUGAUCCGAGAUGGGUCUACGCAGCCUCGUUCCCAGUCGUCCUCGGCGAUUUCGGAUGUGACGUCACCUGUCAAGCUUGUCGGGAAAAUUCGCCUAGGACGCCUGGCAAAUAAUGGCAAAUCCAAAAUGGCGGCGUCAGGCCAAGAAUGCGACUUCAGACAAGAUUCUUGAAGAAAUGAAAAAAAGCGUCUGAAAUAGGUUGGGAUUCUUUAAUCAACGUUUGCCAUCAAAUACAUAGAGAUGUUGGAGAAAUUUCUUUGAAGGAAUCGUUCCGCGUGUUCACCUGUUGUUAUCAACAACAACAACAACAAUUUAUCGUAGGUCAGUAAUUUCGAGUUUUGAUUGAAUCAAAAAAUAUGGAUUUAAUUCAGCACAACAAAUCGUCCCAUCUCAGGAGUGUGUUCCAUUGCCUGUCGGGAAUGAGUUAAACCAUUUUGAAGUUCGUGAAAGAUGUGUCAUCGAAUUAGCUCUGUACUCAGCAUAUUAUCUAGCGGAUGAAAAACUUGUUAAUCGAAUCGCAGCACUGCGUGCAUUGUAAUUCAAGAGAGACUUCUAGCCUAGGUGUCGUCCUAAACGAUAGUGGAUCAACUCAUAGACGCUGCUUUUGUCCAUUAAAUAUACAAAACAGAAGUCAUAAAGUGCUGUCAGCCUUUCGGAUACGCCUCAAUGUGGCAGAUACAAGCUAUAGGGGCAGUUUACAACAUACUGUAACAUCAGGAGCGUUCAAAUAUCCUGAAACGGCAUCAGAUGUAAAUCACUUUGUGUCCAUGCUUUUAUAGCAUUUAGCAUGAAUAAAAUUAAAUUCUAUAUCCAAGUUAUCUUCAACCAGUGUAUCUACCCACCAUUUAAAUGAGAUGAUCCUUUGGGAACUGUUGAAAACCUUCAUCCAAGCUUUCUUUCUGAUUCUAUCAAUGUCUGAUUCUAUUGUUCUUGAUAUUGCACGACCCCAUAUCUAUGUUCCACUGUACUACUAGCUUAUGUAAACUUAAUCUCAACCGUGGUAGGAUUAGCUCAGUUGGUAGAGUGCUUGACUGCAGAGUGAGAGGUCAGAAGUUCAAUUCCCGGGGUCGGACCAAUACUCAGGAUCUUAAAAUGACUGAGAAAUGAAGGUAUUACCUUUGCUCUGCUGCAAAUGGCUAGACCUUUGCGUGGCUCGGAUGCAUGACUACGUAAAAUGGUGGUAGUAGACGUAAAAAUAGUGUCCCCAAUUAUUACUUUUGUGCUGAAUACAUUUACACUCAAAUUAAGUGCUUUCCUUUUUUUUCUGUUUUCUUUUUUUAUCUCGAACCACUUUCGCAGCAGUGGUCUUCCAGUGAGUCAUAAGUUUAAAAAGAAUAUUACACGAGUUUUUGGUGCUAUUUUCAAAAUUGACAAUAUUAGAGAAUGUUCUGCAUAAACUGGGAGCUGCAAGAUACAAGUUCAAGGCACUAGGGUAUUAUAAAGAGCAAAAAGCAUAUUCAAACAGCUGAAAAUGGCAUGUAGCUGGCCCAGCCAAUGGUACCAUUAUGGCAUCAAAUUAAGUGGAAAAAGGUCUUAAGUUGGUCUUGAAGUUGUUUCCCCAACCCAUUCCCACAACAAGCUUUACAAGACAAGAAGUAGUUGUUAUCAGGUUUAAAAAAUUUCUCUUUUCACAAGUGUUCAGAACUAUGGUUUGUUAGGAAAUCAAUCUAAUUUCCUUGUAAAAUCAAUAAAGUUUUGUUUGAUGAAAUCUAAGAAAUUCAAUAUUAAACAUCACGGUUUCAUAUUUUUAUUUUCAUUUCAAGUUUUCUUCAGCUGAAUUACAUUUUCCUUUUGCUCCUGUAUCCUUUCCAUCCCCAGUGUCGUCUAUUACAUGCUCUCCUUUCAUCCCCUUUAAAACUUUCUGAAAAUUAAUGUAAAGGAAGGUAAAAAAAUAGACAAUAUAUAAUAAAAAAAUAAACAUUUGAUGUACAAUACCUUGCUCAGAAAUUAUGCCUGUCAGGCAGGUAAAUUAAGAUUAAGUGUCAAUUAUCCAAAAUUUUCCCAUCUCCAAAAUUGCAACCUCCUUCAGAGUGAUUUUACCUAACGCAUGAAACAGGAAGUAGAAUACUAAGCACUAUUAUGCACUAAUUCUAUUGUCUUCUUUAGUUUAUUUGUAGCUAUAUUUUGCACUAGUUGUUAUGAAAUGUUUCAUGGGUCAAGUAAAAUCGCUCUAAGUCGCAAUCAUAUAAAGGACUGAAUGAUAGUCAUAUCAUUAAAAAUCAGGUAAAACUAAAGACACCCGAAUAUUACAUGAGUUACUGGUACUAUUUUCAAAAUAGACUAUUAGAAUGUUCUGCAUGAACUGGGAGCUGCAAGGUACAAGUUCAAGGUAUUAGGUUAUUACAAAGAGCAAAAAGCAUAUUCAAACAGCUGAAAAUGGCAUGUAGUGUUUUUUUUUUUUUGGCUUUUCGCGCGAAACCGUGUAAAUGAUCCUCGUGAUUUUUUCCCACCAACGAUUCGAACAACAAAGGCAAAAUAAGUCCACUAAGGCCCUGUAACUAGGAAAUCAACGCCCAUUUUUUUCAAUGAAAAUGAAGCCUUUGAUAGUAGUGUACAUACAAUGUACAGGGAUAGUCCCUUGCCCAACUACGAAGAAACUUUUUCCUAGCUUCGUGUAGCGAACAAGACUGUAAACAAUAUGCUUAACUUACCAGUGUUUUUGGGAAAACAUGCCCGCCACAUUUCGUUGCUAUCAGUUGAAACGGUCCAAAGAUGCUCGGAAGAGAUGUAUUAAUCUCAUGAGUUCGAAAUAUUCCGUGAUCGUCGCAGAAAACAAAGGAUUUUCGUCGAGAAAUUAUCUGGGACUUUUUCUCGUCGAUCUGGGACUUUUUUCCCAUUUUUUGCCAGGCCUCGCGCUAUCGCGCUCGGUUCCAAGCCUCCUCUGGUCACUCGGAUAGCGCGAACAGGCCUGGGUACGAGGCUGGGGUCUACGUGGUAGCAAUUGCUGUUAUCUGGGUUGUUCCUAUCAUUACAUCAGUCAUUAUAGGGAUAGAAAGGUUUCUGAUGACACACCACCUUUACUUGUUGGAAUCACACUGUUGUUUAUGUUUAAUGGCUACCUUUGUUUCUUACACGUCCAUUCUGUUUAAGUUUCGUUUUGGAGCUCAUCCUCAGCGCCAUUGUGCAGCUGCUUUAAGACAAAGAAAACUGACUGUCACAUUGUUUAUAACAACUUUAUUAUCUUUACUGCUGUGGCUACCAUUUACUAUAUUCGUUUUUGUUGGGUUGUCAGAUGCGGAUAUUUUUAAUUCCCUUUCUACCCGAGAAUUGUUUCGUUUGCUUUGUUUAUUGAAUUUUUUGCAUUAUGCAAACUCCCUUGUAAAUCCCAUUUUAUACACAGUCAGGAUGCCAGACUUUAAAAAAGCUCUGCUCUCAUUGUUCAGACGUCAUCAAAGAGAAAAUGUUGCUAUCCCGCUGAAUCGUUACUAAUGGAGGGAUAUCGCAAAAUGUAAUUAGUCAACCUGGUAAAUAGCUAUAUAAGAAAAAAAAACAUGUAAAAACAUACAUAGAAGCAUAUUUAAAGCUACAUUAGGCUAUAUGUUAAGGAAGCCCCCCCCCCCCCCAAAAAAAAAAAAAAAAAAUAAAAUAAAAUAAAAUAAAAUGAAAUAAGACGUGAUGAAGAAAUGCUUAAAGUGUGUUCAAUUGGGAACUCUACUUUGGUGGAAUGCGAUGUAGGAAGAUAAGUGAGGCUACGUUAAUACUUUGCAGGAUAGUUAUUGCGGAAGCAGGAAAACCAUUCAGGAAAUAUACCCCUCAAAUACUAUACUUUUUAAAACCAACAAGACAGCCGCUCUCGCACACCAUGUAAAUGCCACACGUCACGUAAAAGAGUAGAAAUUCAAGCGUACUGACUCCGGCACCGCAAAAUGCUACAACAGCCCCAAGAGGUGCACCGACGAUAAUUCCAGGGCCAGUAUAAAGCUAAAGGUGUCGCCAGUGGUUGAGAGAGCGGCCGAGAGAGAGCCCAAACCGACAGCGGUGUAACGAUGGCGGUUUGAGCUUUCUUGUAUUUUUUGGCGACUUUUCUGUAGUUCUCAAUUUCUUCAGAAAUUUGUUUUUUAACGUCGCCUAUUCGAGACAACCGAAAGUUGUCAGGUGGCUACUCCGGAUAGAUUCUCUCAAGUGGUGCACUUGGCAGCGCGUUCGAAGAGGACAUUGUAUAUCUACCUGGAGUUAUGAAAACCGGGUAAGCAAACAUUUUGUAAUUUUUCUCAACUUCCCCUGUCUAAUAGCUUGUUUAGCGUUGUUUGCAUAUGUCUUUUGUCUAUGCCUAUUUUGUGGUUAGGGAUUCGUGUGGAAGUGGAUGUAGACAGAAUUACUAUCUUACCCACCCCCCUCCCUCCCUAUUUUAUUUUUGUCCCUACCCACAAUUCUCUCUUUAACACAAGUGACAGUUAUUUCAAAUCAGUGCUCGCCUGAAGUUGGUUUCGGUGCCGUUUUCCAGUUUACUUUUAAAUAUUGGUGACCUUGAGAAAAGUUUUCCGGAGAGCAUCAUGUAAAGCUCUGAGAUAAGACAAAGUUAUUACGAUUUGCACAGUCUCGUAUUUUAGUAUGUACUAAAACAAUGGAUAGCGUUUUUCUCGCGCUCUGAUUGGCUACUCAAUCAGUGAAUAUCCUGCACUUUUCACUGAUUCACCACCAGUUCCUCCGAGCGAGCGACGCCAAACUCGCGUAAGUUGCGAGCGAAAUGCCUUUCUGGUUUCCUGCCGUAACAAACAAAGAAAUUUCACAAAUAAUCAAGCAAGCUGUUCCCGAAAUACAUGAAAAAGGUGACGAACUUUGGUUUGCAAGUUUUAACAGGAAAAGCUUUGAAUUUAGCGAUGAAACCAGUGAAAAAGUUUUUUGUUUACAAAUGCAAAUUGAGCGUAAGUCUUUGCACUUUAUUUAGUUGACUUAUUCAUUAAUAAGCUCAAAACUAAAUUUAAUACUCUUUUUCACAGAAUGAUGUUAAAUACAAAAACAAUUCACAACCCCUUUUGAAGAAAUUUCCCCGCAAGAGCUAAAAAAAUGCCUUCAAAAGUUUCAUAUGUCAGCAAGAAAAAGUGACGGCAUUUCGAAUUCGCAUACUUCUCUUUCUUUCUUACUCAUUUGGAAUUGAAACGAAAACUACGUUCAUACACUUCCGUAGUUCCCUCAAAAACCAUACCCGAUUCCAGACCAAAAUGGGUAAAGUGUAUAUUCGUUUUCAGACCAAAACGACGCAAAAACCCUACCCGAUGGGGCGGCACCUAUGUAGCUUAUAUAAGGGAGUCCCCCCCCCCUCCCCCAAAGUGUGAUCUUUGCGUAUGACGGAGUGCCAGCCUACCGAGAUCCUGUCAUUUCCUCACCAUAUGUACAGAGCUUAUGCUUAACCCCCCCCCCAUUACUCCCACCUUCCAUUCCCCUUAACAUCGUUAAACAGGGGUACUGUAUUAAGCCGUCUGAAAGAUACAAUCAAGGCCGAAAUCUCACGUCCGGAAAUUCAAAAACGUUUGGAUAACAGGAAUAAGUCCAAAGCCCAAGGAAUCCGUCUAGGGGAGUUUGAACACAACAGUAUGGCUAUUCGAAGCUCUUUUGAAAUUUUUCAUCUCGUUAAAAACAGAUUCUCGCAUUUGAAAGCCAUAUUUUAUAGAAUCAACGGCAUGGACAGAAUGAGCUAAAUUUAUAGAGGUUUUCAUUCGUAACACCGGAAAAACGCAUGGGCGCAAAUACACUUUUUUGGGGGAGGACUCAGCUGUUUUGCAAUAAAAAACAAAUUCUCACAUGUACUUCACACGACUUACAGUUAUUUGAUACAUCGGUGACGAUAAAAGGGCGCGCCGAUGACUGAUCUUUACCUUUCUUGUGCGUAAUGUAUUUGUGUUAUUGUUUCAUAACAGAUCAUUCUAUCACGCACUCUCAAUCAGCAGCAAGUACAACGGCAAAAUACGGCGCAAAACAACGCGUACAAACUGUAAUGUGGAAAAUAAUUCUUGUUAUUCGGUUUCUGUUUUAACAACGGGGAAUAAAAUUAUAAAUAUCUAUAAGCACCGCCUGAUAAAAUAGCCGAGUAAAGGUCCCGGCGUCCUGGGUCUAACAAAAACAUCAGAUUCUGAUGUCGGGCCUGAUGAUGCAGCUGACGUUUCUGAUAGUGAUUCUGACGAGAGCAUUGCAGAUGAGCCUGAAGCUGCCGAUGAACUGCCUGUUAGACGUUCUACCGGAUCAACUGCAGGACAUCAUAGUAAUUGGUACCGAUUGCCUAUAUCUGUCCUGAAACGUUAGGUAGUGUAGUGUUUAGUGUUUAGCUCGCAAGGGCUAUAACGAGCAAAAGGAGGGGAGAGUGUGACAGGGUCACUGAACCUAUAAUUUCAAUACUUUUCGUUAUAUCAAGAAAUACAUUAUUAUUUUAUUAUUUUGCUCCUAAUAUUUUUCGCUUAGGAAUUUUCCGGUUUGAGUUAGCAAGCUUGUGCAUCGCUUAGGAAUGAUUGUACAUGUGCCCACAAACCCACUUCACAGGAAACUUUCCGAGAUUCCCAACUGGGAAUUAAAUGGGGAAUUUUCUCAUUCAUGGGAAAAAUUUGGGACCGGAAAUUCCUUUUUUGGGGAGACUGGGUUUUUACUGGGAAAGAAGGUCUACUUUCCUUUUACAUCCUAAUACUGGGAAUACGUUGUGAAUGUUUCCCCAAGUUAUUCCGAAAGCUGGGAACAAUACGGUAACAUUUCCCAAGUCAUUCCCAGUAGGGUGAAUUAUGGGGUACACUUCCCCAAGUUAUUCCCAGAAUUGUGAAAAAUAUGGACACACUUCCCCAAGUUAUUCCCAAUAUUGUGAAUGAUGUAGAAGCCUUUACCCAAGGUAUUCCCAGAAUUGUGCUUAAUAUGGGAACAUGUCGGGUGCUAUUUAUUGCUUUUUAAUACAUGUAGUUUCCAUCUUUUUUUGUUUUUUUCAGAUAUGACUGUGGUCUUUGCUGCAAAUCGUCCACGGAAUCCUUUAGGAUAAUUAUAUUCUGGCGGAAUAUUGAAAUCGAAGACUUCGAUGUACAGGGCUCAAAACAACGGCCGGUCAACGGACAAUGUCCGGCCUGAUCGUGGACUUGACCGGUCAAACUCUCAUCUUGCCGGUCAUUUUGACCGGUCAUUUUUGGAUGCGAACCUUUUAAAAUAUAUUCCAUAUAGUUACCGCUUAAUGGGUUUUGCUCUAUGACACUGUCAUCAUUUCUUUUUCUUUGCCUUUCUUUUUUUUUUUUUUCAUGCUUUGCACUAAAACUUUUAAAGAAAACGAAUGCCGCAUUAAAUUUCAUGUUGUCAUGUAAAUUUGUUUUCGUAAGUAAGCUUGUGUCUAAAUUAUAAUUAUUGUUGACGGCACGAUAUGGCUAUUCGAAGCUCUUUUGAAAAUUUUCGUCUCAUCAAAAACAGAUUCUCGCAUUUGAAAGCCAUAUUUUGUAGAAUCAACCUUAAAAACUUGUGUUUAAUUGGCAAAUUUAUGGUUCAAAGGUAAAAAAAAAAAGCUUUCGGCAGUCUUUUUGCUAAUUUCACUGGCGUAAACAAGUUCACACAACGAGUGAUUUGCUUCACUGCGUAUUCGGGGAAACCCCAUUUUCACUUUCACUUCCGUUAAAAAAAGCAUCCGUGAACGGCGUAUUCUUACGAACCAGGAAUCAGCCGAAACAAUUAGAGAAGUGUAAAUUAACAAUGAUAAAAUUAACAACCUGGAGAAAUUAAACCUGAGACUAUCUUGUGACAAGAAAAUCUCAAAACGGGAAAUAGAGCACUUAAUAAGCAAACAACAGUAAUGAACUCAUUUAUCCCUGUUGCAAAACAGGAGACAGGAAUAAAAAGUUUCUUAUCACACUAAGUACGGGUAAACCCCAAAACUUGUGAUGGGUGUUGCUCGAGCACCUGUAUUUAUUUCAGAUGCUUUAUUUUGUUAACGAAUGGUUGCUUUGAUCGUUAUCUUUGCUGAGUUUAGGUUCGUUCCCAACUGCACUUGUUCGUCAUCUGACAAAAAACAUGUCAUUGAUGCGAGAAUAUCAACUCUGUAAGGUAUGUGAUUUCGUCAGUAACAAAUAAUUAGUAGCUUUUGUUACAAGCGUUUUCGAGCAGGGGUAUUCCGAGGCAUUCAUUUAUCGUAGUUUCAUUAGAACUAACCAUUGCCAUAGCUAAUCUACGGUCUGACUUAUAAUUAACGUUGCACUUUCUUCUGUUACGUUUAGGACAUGUUUCUUAAAUGGACUUCAUGGUCACUAUCUCACCGGCUGUCGGAUUCCCCUAAAUGAAAUGUGCCUGCGACUUACAACACAAUUACAGUCAAGUCUAUCAUCACGAAGAUGUCUCGUUAAAGAAGAAAUAUUUAAAUAACUUAAUCUAAUAAUGUUUUCAAAGCGUAAAACGUGAAUAAACACUUUGUAGAAUUAUGCUUGAGUAGCAGUCAUUUGUAAAGGAGGAAGUUUUCUUCUUGCUAAAAUGACUGCUACCAAGCAACAAUGGCCUUUUUAUUCUGUUUCUAAGUUACCUUUUUCUAAGGAUAGGCGCGUUUCAAUACUUUUAUUGAACUCUCACUUACCUUCGGGGCACUAUUGGUCACAUUCGACUACUAUAUUCUUGGCUUCUUUAGCUUCCGUCAAAUGUUCCUGAUUAUAAUUUAUACAUUACUGCGAUCACACGCUAUCGGAAACGCUUAUUUGUAUUUGCCAAAUGGCGUAAACUGUACUCAACAAUCUUGCCAUCAUUCGGUGGUACUUUCGGUAUCUUUCGACCACUAUCGUCAACUACUUCGUCUUGCGUUCUCAACGUUUAUCUCCGUUUUCACUUAUUAUCACGGAGAGCGCUCAAUAUAUCGUAGUCGCUUACUAGAUGCUUUUGCCGAAUUGCGUGCACUGUAAUCAGCUGGUAAUGAAUACUAUCGCCAUCCUUUGUGAUAUUGUCGGUAACUUACGACCACUGUCGACUACUUGAGCUUGCAUUUAUCUUCGUGUUUACUUCACGAACGUGUUCUAUGGUAGACGUAUUUUUGACUUUGCCAAAUUGCGUACACUGUAAUGAAACUCUCGCGCCAUCUUUUGGGAUACUGUCAGUUACCUGCGACCAUGCAUGGCUGACUACUUCGGCUUGCAUUAAUCUUUGUGUUCAGUUACGUACCAUUACUACGAACGCGCGCUAUCGUAAACCCUAUUAUUAUGCUUUUGCCAAAUUGCACGCUGUCCGCCCUUCGGGUUACUAUUGAUAACUUGCGACAACUAUGGUCGACGUACUUCGGUUUGCGUUUAUGCUCUUGUUUACUUAGCAUUACCUUUGUCUCCGUCAAAUUGCACACAUUGCAAUAAACAUUCGGUUUAUUCGUAAACUUCAUUUGUUUCUACCAAUUUCGUAAAUUCUAAUCCAGACCCUAAUGCUUCUACGGCAAGAAGACCAUUUGCUUGUGUUAACUCGAGUUCGUUCUUUUACAGCGAUGUAAUACUCUUCCUACUUGCGAUUACAGGACAUAGCUAUGCUCAUGUAUAAAGUUAAAAUAAACAUGUGCCCGGCGUACAUGGCACUCUGUUUGAACAGCCUGCAAUUAAGUAUAAAUUGCGCAAACUUGACUUCACUAUACCCAGAUUUAACACGGUCUCCUUUGAAAAGCACUCGCUCAGGUUUAUGAGAUGGGCCCAAAAGUAUAGAGAUUUGUUCGUAGAAACGCGAAAGAAGCUUCCGCGUUGUCCUCUUUCAAAUAUAACGUUAGAAAAGUGCAUCUUAGUAUGCUAUUAAGAGACAAUAAUUGCUCAAACUGCUCUCUUUGAAGUUAUUAAUUUAAUAUGAUCAUGCAUACUGAUUUGUACAUAUUGUGUAUACCCUCGCCUAUAGUUCUCCCGAAUUUCUUAUUUGCACAUACUGAAUAUAGUUUAUCUUAAUUUCUUAACCUUCUGGGUUUUUUUAGCUUUAAUUAUUCAUUUAUUAUUUUAAACUUAUUUUAGCGUCUUACACCGCCUUUCAUCAGCUUCGCGUGUCUCAAAAAUUCCCACACUUCACGGCUUUAUGGUUGUCGUUAAUUUGCGUUGCUUUCGUGAACCUACAGUUACUUGGUGUCUAUAGUUCGGCCUUAACUGUCGUAUUCCUUUAUUAACACAAAUUAUCUUUAGCGACACUCCUUGUGCCCUUUUGAAAUGCAAUGUACAUCAGUGUCGAGUGUCGAAUUGAAUCAUUACUCUCCUGUUCAUUGUAUAUCUUGAACAUCCGUAAGUGACUAAUCGCUCUUAGAGAAAAUAACAAUUUUUGUUCGUCUCGCAUCAAUGUUUGCGCGCUCCCGCAAAACUUCGAGUGUUGUGAGUUCGUGUCAUCCAUAAAUCUGAUAUGAAUAGGGCCUCUUGAGCUAUCGCUACGUUUUACCAAAUAUGUAUACGGACACUUGUUAGAUGCUGUAUGUUCUCUUAAACACUUAUGUUUUUACAUUAACUUUUAUAUAAUGUUGUUGCAAAAUUCCGUAGCUGUGAAAAAUUGCGCAUACUCUUGUUAUGUCUAGAGUGCUGUAGUCAACGUUUACUUGCAUUGCAUUCAUAAUAAACUUUGGGGAUUUUUAACACAGGGGUAACCUCACAACUUUCCUGGCAAUGUGCCUUGUCUUAAUAGAUAUUUUAAAUCUUGCAUCUGUAUUUAUGCAUCCCGAACGAAUUACGUACAGCUGCAUAAAUAACUUCCGUUCGCACGCUUUCGUAAACUCGCGAACUCGCAUCCAAAACUUCGAAAACGGUACAAAACUGUUACCCAUACACGUCAUGUUUCAUGCUUCUCGAUUAUAUCCACUGUAUUCUUAGAUUUAGUCAUCUUAAAUUCAUUACUGAUUUUAGUGACAAGAAUACCUAAAUAUACUUUAGUGAUCAAUAUAGUACUCAUUAAUUCGAGUUGUAACUGUGAUGAUUUAGACCAUUCGACGACAUGACGAUACAUCGUGUAAUUAACAAUUUCUCUCUGUUCGAGGGAAAAAGAAAUUUGUUAUACGCUCAUUGUGAAUGAGGUAAAGUUAAUGUUUUUGAUAUAGUAUAUACAUGCUAAGCGCGCAAAAAAUGUCUGAUGUCAAGGAUAAGCCCUAUAAAAGAAUGCGGAAAUAGCCUUUUAUGUGCGACAGUUGCUAUAUUAGCUGAUAUAAAUUUAUACGCUGCGACUGUUGUUGAAUUAAUAAAGAUUUUUAUUUCUAAAGAUACAGUCCUAAUGCAUCGGUGGGAGAGUUAAAAGCUGGUUUUAUCAAUUACGCUUUUAAAAUAUAUUCAAAUGCUUACGCAUCUCGAACGAUUUUGCGUUCGCAGGCGUCUUGGAAAAGAGUGGAAUCUGGAAGUGAAUUAGCUCACUCGAUUGACGCUUGUUCUGGCAUGACUCCGAGCCAUAAUGACUUUUGUGUUCUUUUAAACCUCAUCAUAGCUCUUCUUCUGCUCUUUAUCGUUAUCGUGUUCGCUCAUCAUGGUCCUCACCGUCUCAGUAUAUGUUUGCAUGCACCUAGACUAGUUCUUGUUCGGCUCAAAAGCAAGCAUUCAUAUGUCAGUUACAAUAUUUUACAAUUAAUUCCAAACGAUUCUAAUUUAAAUCAAGUAAUUGGCCAUCAGCAUCGUACCUAUUUUUAAAUUAUCUCCACCCCUCUAAGUCUGGUUUGCCUGAACAAACGAAAAAUUAAAGAAAGGAAGGAAAACUCACGAUAAUUUAACAAAUAAUUAAAUAAACUAUAAAUAAGAGAACACUAUAAAAAGAAAACACUAUGAACAGGACAAAGAGAAUUCUUAAACAUAUUACGGUAAUAGAGCUAAAUAACUAUGAAGGUAACGAUCGAUGAUAGGUAAGAGAAAUGCUCAAUAAAAAGGGGUAGGGUCUUUAACAUAGUCAUCUUCAGACUGCAGGAAGUCCUCAAGUAAACUCGACUUGAUCACUUUCCGACAUUUGGUUCGGCUAAAUAGUUUUAUUGAGGUUGGAAUUAAGUUCCAGAUGUUAACACCGAUUCUUGUGAAAGAGUCAAGCAUCUUUUCCGUCCUCGAAAAUUUAACAUAACAAGAUUCGUUGGAGCUAAAUUCAUUCGAACUUUGUUGCAAAGAAGAAAUAACUAGCUCUUUUAAUGGAUUUUACAACCUGUAUUUAACGGUAUAAUUCCUGCUUAAUGUUAAAGUACACAUUUUCCCGAGAAGCCUGAACCCCAAAUUACCUUCAAUAAAUACCGUCCUGGUCUUCUGUUUUAGCCUCAUUAAGGUACUUAAAUGCUUGCAUUAGGACACUCUUUUCAAAAAAAGUGAGCGCACUUCUUUAAUUGUCGCCUCUCCCUCUCUUCAUUCUGAAAAAUAGGUCAGCAAUUACAGUUCCUACUAAUGUUUAAGUACGUGUAUUCGAUCACCUUGUAAUUAAUACUACAUAAUGUAAGAGUAGUAUAGGCCAUGGAUAUAGUUUGUGUAAUAGUGCACGAUGUAAUGGGUAUGCUUUUUAUUAAGCAUGUAACUGAAUGUAGACCUGAGUUUCACCGGCAGAUAAAGAUAAUUGAACCGAACAAAUAUUCUUUGCCAUUGUUGAAUUUACCACCGCUUACAUCAUCGGGAAAACGCGCUAAACACUGGAAAAAAAUGUGUUAGCUAAGAAGCUGUCCUUAUUAAAUGCUAUGGUGACUGCCUCAUACCCAGACGUCUCUCUCGAUACAAAUUUGUUCGCAAAGGAGGGCGGGGAGGAGAUUCACGUGAAAACUAAACAUAAAUGUUGAUUUUUCCCUGUUACCAAGAAGCCCGAACGCCAAAUUGCCUUCAAUAAAUAGCGUCCACGUCUUCUGUAUUAGCCUCAUAGGUAUACUUUAAAUGCUUGGGUUACGUCACCCUUUUCAAGUAUUAAUUUAUAGUAAGCGCACCCCUUCAAUUAUCGCCUCUCCCUGUCUUCUUUCCGAAAAAGAGGUCAGCACGUCGAUCCGUGAAUAUAUAGCAUAUAAAGAACAUAUAAAAUCAUGUUUUUCAGAAACUUGAUAAACUGGAUGUUAGGAUUUAUGCUCUUGAACCUUGAUUUCAAAUAAUUCCAAGGCAAUAGUAAACAGCCACCGCCAUGGGAAUUCACUGAUAAAAGAAGUCGCAACCAUACAACUGAGCUCUUGCAACAUUGAUAAGCGACUCUGAAAUUUACCUCCACCUCUGACGUUUUCCACUACACGUAUAUCAACGAACUUUUAACAAUAAAAAGCGGUGUUUUACUACUCACACAUCAGACGCCCAAGUAUACGCUCUUACAGAGUUUUGUUUAUUUUAACUCCCAAUGCCGGCAGUAUCAGUAUGUUAUCGUUAAAGUUCGUGCGUUUCCGGAAUUCUGUUUUUGUUCAGUUGCCGCAAAAUUCGCAGGCUUUCACGCACCAACCCGGUUCUUUGGUCAACGUUCAUUCGCUAUUUUUAACGCUUCAGUUGUCGUGUCUGUUCAAUCAGAUUGCGUGAGCUUGUUAGUUACUGUGUCCUCCCUACAACACGCUCUCUUUAUGGGCUCUUGUCAUUUCUGUGGAGCUAGCCUGCGAGCAGGCUCACUUUUUCGAGUUGGGGAAAAAGUUUGACGGCGGAGCCGCCAUAACGUGAGGAGAAUGGGUCGAGCCCAAAAUAGUGUUCGGAGGCUUCUGUGGAGCACGUAAUAGUAACAACCUGGCACUACUGACCAAACAUGCUCUGAUACGAGUUCUUAUUAUCCUCUUUUUCCCUGCUUAAUAACCUAGAUAUGGUUUCCUCAAAGGAAAGGGGUUUGAUAGGUUUUUAAAAAUGUGUGGGUUACUAUAAUUCACGGGUAAAAUCAAUUUAAAAACAUGUAUUUCCAAGAAUUCAUCCAGUAAUUUAUUUGCAAUCCUGAUCCUGUCUGAUUAGACAUUAUAUAUAGAGUAAAUGCUUUAAGUUGAUGUAAUGGAUAACUGCUUAUGCAAAUACAUGAAAUACAAUGAGAAAACAAUCUAGCACCCUGUACAAUUAAUAGGUCAAUUUAUUAGACAUAAUGAUGCUUGUACGGCGUCUGUAACCACAUUUUUGUUAGUCUUUAAUGUUGGCUUAUUAUUCGGUACAAAUUUGUACCCUUUAUCUGACUCUAUGUACUGAACUGAAUUUUAAAUUUAUGCGAUAUGUUGUGUAAUUGUAUCAUUUCAGAAGUAGGUUAAGUAUGAUCAUCAGUUUGCCAUGAGUCCUAAUAUUGUUAGAGGGUUGGAAGAGUACAAUAGAGUGGUGCCAUCAGCAAAUGUUCUAAUAGUUGCCUUUUCUAAGCAAUUGGGCAUUUCAUUUACACUUAUUACUAUCAAGAUAAAAAUGUGUAGCGAACCUAAUGCUUUUGAAUUUGGGAACAUUACAUUUCGUGUAUUGUCAUUAAGUUCGUCACGUGAGAAAUUUGACGUUUGAAUCGAGCCUUAUUAUUACUUAAUAAAGUCCAGGAAAAUUAAAUCAAAAUUUCGCUUUAUGCCCAAAGCUUAAAAUGAAACUAAAGAAACACUUUAUAUUAUACCUAGCUUGCAUAACAAGCGUUUCCAAUCGAGUUAUUGCGCGAGUUAGUCCCUCCCGGCCCCUCCUUCCUCUUUUUUGCCCUCUACAAACUUAGUCUCUCGCACAAAACUCGCGCGGAAAAGCUUGCUACGCGCGCUAUUUUUAUACCUUUUUAACCUCCAAAGUUAUUAUCCAGUCACAAUAAAGAAGGGACAGCUCGAUAUGUUUGAAUAAUUGUUAUUAAAUGUUGAAACAUAACCAACUGCCACUGUGGUGGCACAAAAAUCAAUGGAAUAUUUAAAAAAAAUAUGCAGCCUGAGCCCCAUUACGUAUACAACCCUGAAAAAUCAAUAGAAAGAGAUACUCACGUUCGUAAAACAUCCGUAGUCUUCAAAUAACCACACUUUUUUGUUUGAUAAACUGCACUGAAUCCUAUUUAAACAAGCUUAUGUACUUGCUUCAGUAAUAUGCCCAUCAAAGUCCGGUACAGACAUUGUUAUUGACGUACACUGUCCAUGAAAAAAAGACUACAAGUCUUGUAUUAUUUCAUUCUCGCGCAGCGCGCGUAUCACGCGAGGAUCGCACUAAACUGCGAUUUCGGUUUGGUCAUAAAUCUUUCUAUCGUUUGGUAUCCGCAGUUGCCUAGCAACAAGCCAUAAACAAAUCCUAAAGACGCCAUUCAACAUGACGUCAUCGUGCAUUUUGGGUUUCCAGCAAGAAAGAAUGAGCUAGAUCAUUCUCUCUGGGUUUCCCGCGGGUGGAGAGAGUUUGCAGCCGCGACAAUUUCGCGCCAAAAACAAGUUGUCUUGCUUGGCUUCAGUCUUCCAUCGUCCAAUUGUUGAGUCAUUGUUUUGCGUCGCUAUCAUUACAUCGUAUAUUGAUCGAUCAAGGGGAAAAUGAUCCACUCAAGAUAAGACAAAAAAAAAACUUCGAAAAGUGAAUAUUUCAAAACGUUUUCAAAAAUAGCUAUAAAACAGCAAUUACCAUGAUUACCAGCCUGUGUUCGGUAUUGUCGUAUAAAUAUCUUUAAAACAGUAUUCAAAUACAGCUUUUUAAUUUCCUUUCUUAAUAUCACUUUCGACAUAAGUGUUUGUAGAGUAAUUAAUUGCAUAUUUGCUCUCACCUUUGAAACCAUUCAAAAGUGUUCUAAAAGUGUAGCGGUCGUAUUUGACUUCAUUUUUUGACUGAUAUCAAAGGUGUGGUCACAGCCACUACACUUUUGACUUCAUCUUUGAAGUGCGUCAAAGGGUAAAGUCAAAAUUACCAGCACAUUUGACAACGCCUUUGAUAAGGGCUAAAGGAAUAGCAAAGCAUUGACUCAUUUCAGGACUUCAUCUUUGACGCGCGGCAAAGGAGAAGUCAAAGUUGUUAGCAAUUUGACUUCACCUUUACCGAGGUCACAGGAGUAAGCAAAGAGGUUAUAUAUUUGGCGACAUCUUCGACGCGCGUCAAAGGUAAAGUCAAAGCCAAUACUAUAUUUGACGUAACUUUUGACGCGUGUCAAAAGUGCAGUAAAUCCAAUUUUUCGUCCCGUGUGAGUACUUAAUUGUAGCAAUAUUAUUGAAGUUUUCUCUUACGGCAAAACUACAAUAGAUACCCCUCAAAUACCACACUUUUUUUAACCAACAUGACAGUCGCUCUAAGCUGCCAUGUAAAUGGCACGUCACGCAAAAGAGUAGAAAUUAAGCGUACUGACUAUCGCAAAACGAAAACCACUUCGAAGUGAAAAUUUGUCUCAAUAUUAGUUUUUAGCUGCUCUUACAUACUUUAUGAAAGUGAAAAAUCGGAAGGAUCGACAAUUCUCUAGUUUUAAUUUUGAUGACGUCAUGUGAAACCAAAAUUUAACGCCACGGAUUAUAUCACAGUCGAUUCACGUACAAUGCUUGGACAAGAAAAACUCGGCGAAGCAGUGUCUACGGGCCAAUUAAUUAUUCAGUUAUCAAAUUCUUUGGUAGCCGCAAGACUGUUCGUAUCAUUAACAUUGUCAUCAUCAUCAUCGUCGUCGUCCUCACGUUCCUCCCCCUCAAAAACCAUUUCCUUUAAAUAAUUUUUCAUUAAAAACAAACAAAGAAAUAAAAAAAAAAACAGAUAAAAAUAUGACAUACGAGACCCUUAAAUACACUGUAGUGUCCUGGUUUAACAGGUUUGCAACAGGGGGAAUACCGGCGGGUGCAAAAGGAGCAACUAUGGCUAACAGAAUCAGCCGAGGAUAUUUUGGAUACUCUUACUUGAAAAUAGAAGCCAAAAUAACAUUUUUCUUUCGCAGUAAAAUAAUUAACCUCUUAUUCAAUGGUUUGGCAUACGGGCGCGAACAUUUUCUCGUUGUUCACGUCAUUCUCACAGACGGAGUCAGGAUGUUCAGUGAAAACUCUUACCAAAAAAUAGAGGCCAAUGGCAAAAUAACAAGUUUUUUUGUAGUGGAAUAAUAAACCUCUUAUUCCAUGGUUUAGCAUAAUCAUACGAGCGGACAUUUUGCUCAUUGCUCGUAUUUUACCACGCAACUUGCAAAAUAUCCGCACGUAUUAUAUGUUAAACCAUCGAAUAAGAGGUCUAUUAUUCCACUACAAAAAAAAAAUGUUAUUUUGCAAUUGGCCUCUAUUUUUCUGUAAGAGUUUUCACUGAACAUCCUGACUUCGUCUGUAUUUAUUGUCGUGAUGUGUUUUUACUUCUCCACAUAAAGCACUUCCUAUUUAUUCAUCUAAUCCAUCACGUUCUAAUAAUUAACUGAUAAAUGAUAAAUUUCCGGUUCACCUGUUCAGUUGUAAUUUUCCUUGGUGUAGGAAAAUUGGAAGAAUAAAAAAAAGUCAUAAACUUUAACUUAUGGAAAAUUUUUAAGCUGUAAUUAGAGAGAAACCAAUCAAAUUGGAAUAAUUCAAGGCAGUAAGUACCAUGCAGUAAACAGAUAUUUAAAUGACUAUACCACAUCUCCUCAUGAUCAAUUGAAAUACAGCAUAAGAAUUGUCGCUGUUUCGCGCUAUAAUUACAGUGAAGUUUAAUUUAUUUCUGUAAAAGAGGAAUUGUAAGCCAAUUCAUUUCAUGAGGAAUAAAGAAAAAGAGCACGUCAACCUUUUAAAGCAAGGUUUUUAGUUGUCUCUAACAUUAAAUGUGGUUAAGUGAACGUUACAAUAUAUCGUUAACCGGCUGUUACGCAGGUGUGAAACAACAUUUUACCGCUCAAAUCCGGAAUCUUCGUAAGCAAGAAGAAAACACAUUAAGAAGUUACAUAAGAAACUAUUUGUAUUUAUUUAUUUUUUCAUUCUUGCUUUUUAAUGAUUAAACCAGUUUAAAAACUGUAAGAGCCAGCCCACAACAAAUAAGAAAAAAAAUGCUUGUACUGGGCCUUCUCCAUCGACUGCCUCUCUCGAAUAUUUUAGCUAGUGAUUAUUCUAGUAGUUGACCGCGUCAGUUUGUUUACAUUCGCGCUCGUUUCCGCUUCACGAUGAUAGGCGGAAAUCUGACAGCUCAGUCGACAGAGAGCCACAGUGAAAUUAGAGGCGGAAUUUAAAUGCCACUUGAAAGACGUAGUUGUAAGGUCUACUUUCUUUUCCCGCACGGCCACCAGAGCGCCCCGAAGAGCUUACAUGCAGGCUAAUGGAGGGAUUGCUGUUAUUUACCACAAAAGCAUUUAUAAAAACAGUAAGGUUUGGCGGGAGGGGGCCUUAGUGUUGAAUGCAUGGCCGCGUAUAAGAUAUUACAGAGUUUUUACAUCACCAAUUAUCCCUUGUUUUCUUCGUAGAUAUGCAUCUCUUAGCUUCCUUUCGCAACAAAUAAUUACAAUAAAAAUUAUAACUAAAAAUGCAUAUUAAUAAACAUUUGAAAGUGCAAUAAGUAAUUAUUUUUAGCCAGUAUAUUAAAAAGCGAGCCGCAAAUGUUGCUCAGUUAAGACAAACAAGUCAGACUACAUUGGCCCGUGUCUCGUUCCACUUUUUCAUAACAACGGCACGGUCUCCAUUUUGUUGUUAAAUUUUAACAUAACUGGCAUCGUGUCACUAACAUACACCGUUGCUAACCUUUACUAGUAACAUGCACCUUUACACCUAAACAAAAUAAUAAUAAUGAUAAUAAUAAUAAUAAUAAUAAUAAUAAUAAUAAUAAUAAUAAUAACUAUAACUAAAAAUUGAUAUCAUAAAAUGAAGUACUGUCUAUUUUUUAUAUACCAAUACUACAGCUGUAUGCCAAUCAUUCUAGGAGGUAGUAUGUUAAACAGUGGCAAGUGCUUUGUGAUCGACUAAGAAACGCAAAAAAAUCAGAAUACAUUAGCCCCUUUCUGGCUCAAGUCGCUCAUAACGUCGACCAGUCUUCAUUUUGCCGUUUUUGCAAACUGCCAGCGUCCUUUUUAAAGAAGGUAAGACAGUUUAAUUCCAGUAGAAUAAGUGAAGUUUCAUUAGAGUUGAGAUAUGUCCAUGCAGGAACGAUCUUGUGAACAAGAAUCGGCUAACAAAUUCUUUUUGCAAUUUUCGCCAAAGAAAUGAUUCACCAGGAAAUUUUGUGAGGCAAUCACUUGUAAAUAUCACAAGAGUAGCAAGAAUAACCAAUUUAAUAAAAUUCUAGACUGAGAUGGAGAAAAGGGCAAAAAGGGGGCCCGAAAAUCCCGCAAUAAUCGCAAAAGUGCCAAGGAUUUUUCUUGCUACCUAAAAGCACCGAGUAAAAAAAUAUCUCAAAAAUAGCAAGAAUCGAAUAACAAAUUUGACAAAAUUCUACACUUAGAGAAAAAACGGGCCAAGAAGGCUCUCGAGAAAUCCUCAAAUUUCGCAAAAAUCGCAAAUAACCAUAGCUGGUAACAAGCACCUUUACACAUAAAAUAAUUAACAAUUAGUUCAUGCGACAGCGUGCGUAUGUCGAGAUAUUGAGCACGCGGGAAGUUUGGAGAGCACGAAAGAGGCGUAAGAGUUGCACGAGGCGCAGCCGAGUGCAACUCUAGCCUUUUGAGUGCUCUCCAAACUUCCCAAGUGCUCAAUAUCUCGACAUACGCACAGCUGCAGCAUGAACUAAUUGUUUUAUAACAUUAUCAAAGCGAUCAAUGCAGCAGUUAACUGAAAAUUUUAUUAUUGUAGGGCGCGCUCAAAGCAGUACGCGUCAAUGAUUACGUGACUAUAUUUUUUUUCCUCACAGUUGAUCUUAUGUUUUUAUCCUGAAACUGAGAGAAAGUGUACUAUAAAAUGAUUGCAAAAUCCAUAUUUAGGUGCCGGAAAACUUUUAAUUUACCGAAAAAUUGUUAUUGAGAGAAAACAACUUUGCAAAGAAUGAUCUCACGCCAUAGCCCGCACAGCUCGCCGAGAUGACAACAACAACAACAACACUCACCUCUUUUCCUUACUAUCGGUUAACAAAUUCAAACCUUUCCUCCUAAAUUUCCUUAUGAAACACAUGGUAAACGCUUCAUUGUCUAUUGCUGAGUUAUGGAUGCACUCGGGAGACUCAGGAUUGCUAAGCUCCCAACAACUCGAGGAAUUACGAAUAGUUUAUUGACGUCAUCAGCGUGCUCAAUAGGAAUAUGAAGCACGCUCGCGCUAUUGAAUUUGAUUAGGCGAAUUUUCUAGCUAUGCUAUAAUACGUAUUAAGAAGUAAAGCUCAGAUACUUAUCAUUUUUAGGCAAUGUAUUAAACAGUGGCAAGUGCUUUUGUGAUCGACAAAGAAACUCAAACACUGAGUCAGAAUACAAUAGACCUUGUCUUGCUCCACUCGUUUAUAUCGCCGGUCAGUCUUCGUUUUGCUGUUUUAUUUUUUUAAACUGCCAGCGCCCUUUUAAAAAGAAGGUAAAUGUAAUUCCAGUAGAAAAUGUUACGUCAAGUUACAUACGAUUUGGCAUCGAAUUAUUUAGGUAAAGGGAAUAAAUAUAAAUUCUUAAUAUUCUAAAGUGAACACGGAAGACACACAAACCGGCUUGCUUUUAAUUUUGUCAGCUAAAUUUGAACUUUGGUGAACAGUUUAACAACACAAGGGACCAGUUUAAUUUUUUCAAAAAGGACUAACGGCUUUAUCAAACUUUAUUUUAGAUUUCUCCCCAAGUUUUUGCCUUCUCGUUUGUGUAACCGUAGUUGAUAGCGGUCUCCUCCACUAACAACGAAAAACAGACGGCGUCUAAACAGGUGACCAGUUCACUGAUAAGGUAGGCCAGUGCUUCAUUUCUGAGGAAUUUCUGUGUAUUAAUACUACAAGCUCAUGACUCAGUUCAAACAAAGUGUCAAUGAACCUGAGAGUCCCCCAAAAAAGUUUCUGUCCUUUGAGGAGAAUGUAUUGUUAGAUUUUUAUUUUAGUCUUAAUUAUGUCUUGUAGAGAUCUUAUACAGGAAAUACCUAUUAGCUAAUCCAGCUUUUCAAAUGGAAGGCACAAGCUGUAAAUUGGUUCUAUAAAGGGAGGGAGGAAGGGUAGAAGAAGGCGUAUAACACAAGGAAUAAAGGGUCAUAUUUCCUUUAAGAUACGUCUGCCACGAAGGCUAAACUUGUCAGAAAACCCUGCUUAUUGAAAUCAUAACAAAACUUAAAGGCUACUUUUGUGCGUGACCUUGAGGUUUAGCUUGUUCUUCUAUAAACAAAUAAUAAAGAAAAAUGGCAAUCCAAAUGACGUCCGGAAAGCAGCCUGGUGUUAUUCUUAAUAAAACCCGGCGUCUUUUUACUAAUACUCCUUUAUAUCUGAUCAUGAAAACAAUAAAUGUAUCUGUUUUCAUUAAACAUGUUUUUUAGUUAUCGUUUACUUAUAGUUGGUGCAGAAACUUUCUGAAUUAUUUAAAAACCAAAAAGAAGGACCAGAAAACGCAAGGCUGGGCGCGAGUUUCACAAUACAUUUUCUUAUAUUUUCUCCUUGUCAAUUUUAACCGAAAAUCUAUGAUGGGAUAUCUUUGAAAGGAGUUGUUGAUCAUGAAAGAGUCCAAGCAAUAGGCAAAGCCACAAGUUGCUCGGCAACUUUUCGGCAGCUUUUGAGAUUUUGGGCAACUUUUGCGAUUUUCGGCCACUUUUAAAAUUCUUGGGAAGUUUUGGUUUAAAUCAUUUUUUAUUUUUUUUGCGACAUUUAUUAGCUAUCGAAAAAAAAAAAACAUCAGCUAAAUUCAAGUGGUUUAUACUACUGAGUGAGUGUGUGGACUCCAGGACUGGCCCAAUUACCAAUGCCAGCUUGGUGUUGCACGCCUGUCCAUGAGGUAAGCGGUAUCACAUGAUCCGUUUUACAAAAUGGCGGACAACAAUGUCCAGCUGGGAAGAACGUGCCUAUGAAGGGGCGAUCAAUUCAACUGUUGAAUUUGAGUUCUAUUAAUCAAUGAAGUUUUCUUUAAAAAAGGAAAUACGAAUAAAACCUACUUAUACUGUGCACGAUCGAAACCGCAACAAAAACCAACUUCAAGCGCAAGCAAAUAAUAAUAAUAAUAAUAAUAAUAAUAAUAAUAAUAAUAAUAAUAAUAAUAAUAAUAAUAGGAACUUUUCGGCAACGUUUAGACACUUACGUCGGCAGCUUUUUGGUAAUUCAUCGACAAACUUGUGGCUAAGCCACAAGCAAGCAACGGAUCUUGAACCCAGCACUGCGUCUUCUAAAAAAUGAAUUUAGUCCUUCAUUACAAUAGCUGCUAGUUCCGCCUUAUAAACAAAACACAGCGGCGUACAGUUUCAUUUUCGAACCUCUGCUUCUGCUUUUUUUUUUUUAAAAAACAUGUAUGAACAGCAACUUAUUCUUUCAUUUAACAUUCAGUGAAUAUGUGUUUGACUUUUCGUGUAAAACGGCCUCAAACUUAAGUUCCCAAUAAGCGCCUAAAAAAUCGUUUUUUGAACUGCUACAGUUUAUUUUUACUGAAACUGAGUUUUGAGAAAGUUCGGCACUAAACCACAUUGAAGCAUAGUUGGCUCGAUUGACUUUAUAUUUCAUCUAUUUCUUCCUCGUGAAACAAGUGAGAUGUUCUGCCAUUUUUUACUCAUUACCAAAACAACUCAACCUCGUCCUUUGUCUUUUUCCAGUUUUAUCUGUUUAAUAAUCUGGCAAUUUUGCUGUCAUUUAUUCACAUAUCAUAUAUUAAGCGAUGAAUUAUGUGUGCUAUUAUAGCCAAUCAGAAACGGAUAAAUAUUUAAAUUAAUAAGAGUCUAAUAAUUAUGAUCUUUCUUUACACUGAUCAAGGUUUAUAUAUUGUUCUUACAGGUUAACAGUUACGAGUAACACAAAAUCAAGAAACAAUCACACCAACGACGAAAAUAACUCAACAUGGCUGUUUCAUCAUCCGAGUGUAUCAUCUGGUUUACCGUAUUCACCGCCAAGUCUGUUGCUAUAGUAACGGUGAAUCUCCUUGUCAUCAUUCUUUUUAUAAAGAACAGAAACCUUCGCACUCGCAGCAUGUACUUGGUUAUAAGCUUAACCGUGGCGGACAUGUUGGUUGGAGUCCUAUCCGGGGGUUAUGUUCAAUGUGUUUUCCUACAGGAAUGUAGCCUUAUAAAACUGAAUUUAUCUUGGGAAGUUGGUUUUUCAUUGUCGGGUUUUUCUCUUUUCUUUCCUCUUGUCUCCCUAACAAACAUUGCUGUGAUUUCUGUAGAGCGAUUUCACGCCACGUUUCGUCCAUUUAGGCAUCGGCUCAUCAAGAGAUGGGUCUACGUGGUGGCAAUUACUGCUGUCUGGGUUUUUCCUCUAAUUGUUUUAGUCAUUAGGGGGGUAGAGUUGCUUUAUUUGAUUGGAUAUCACCUUUACAUAAUAGAAUCCUACUGUCUUUUGUGUUUAAUUGUUACCUUUGUUUCAUACACGUCCAUUCUGUUUAAGUUUCGUUUCGGAGAUCAUCCCCAGCGCCAUUGUGCAGCUCUUUUAAGACAAAGAAAACUAACUGUCACAUUGUUUAUAACAACUUUAGUAUCUCUACUGUUGUGGCUACCAUACAGUAUAUUCGUUUUUCUUUCCUGGUCAACUGAUAUUUUGAGUUCCCUUUCUUUCCAAGAACAUUUUGAUUUGAAGUAUUCAUUGAUUUUUUUGUUUUUUGCAAACUCCCUUGUAAAUCCCAUUUUAUACACAAUCAGGAUGCCAGACUUUAAAAAAGCUCUGCUCUCAUUGUUC